GUCAUUGAACAUGAGCCGAGUAGUAAUACCACUGGAAGUAGUUCGGCGCGCACGUGACAAAUCCUUUCACAAUACACAUUUUCCAUACUUCGUGCUACUGCUUCUAUUACAUUUUAAAAAUAAUAUAUCCAUAUUACUGAAGUGAGUACAUAUUUACAGCAGCGAGUAAUAAGCACGAUGUUCAACUAAUUCGGGCUUAGAUAGCGUUUCACGCAUGGCCUAUUUUAUGACGUCAUGAAGGGGAAGGACAUAUAUUCGUCAGCUGUUGCCACAACAAUGUCGCGCACUCAGAGACAUGGCGUACAUUAAUUCAACCAUGCUCAACCAAACUUAUUACCGGACGAGAUAACUGACCAUUGAGGUUUUUGAUUGAUAUGUAUAUAACUGGAAUCGCACAACAGCAUUUUACAGCUAUCAUUGUAAUCACACACCUUCAGAAUGAAAAGUUGCAUAAUAUGCUGUGACACACAGACAUUGAUGUGGACAUCAAAGUUACAAAAGACAUUGUAAACAAACGUACUGACUGACCGAAGCUUGAGGUUUGAGAUAAACCGUUGAAUAUUUUUGGCGUUUGAAUUGUAUAACACCAGAUGAAAUCCAAAGACUUUCAGGAGUACUAAUCCAUCACGAUGGAAGUAGAUGAUGUGGCACAUCCUGAUCCCAGUGAUGGAGAAGAUGAUAAUGAUACACAGCCAGUGACAGAUGACUUUGUAAGCCAGGACUAUGGAAAGAAACAUGAAUUCUUUGGAGGGAAGGGGGACAACUCUUACCCUGUAGAGAUGGACAAUGCUGGCAAGGUCAAUAAGAAUGGCUUGGAAUAUGACAACAAGGAGAAUGACAGUGUGUAUGACUCCCCAGGUGGGCACAGGCAUACACAUAGACAUAAGAAAUUCCGCAGACAUCAAUUAAGGAUGGCUGAGCGGUCGGCAGGUUCUCGCAAACAUCGACGUCAUGAUCAUGAUCAUGAUGAUGAGGAUGAUGAUGAUGACGAAGAUGCUGGGGACCUAGAAGAUGGAGAGAUUCUGGAAGAUGGAGAAAUAGCUGAUGAAGAUGAUGAAGAAGCAAGGCUUCCCCCAUCGAAGAAAAUGUCAAGUGAUCCAAAUAAUGAAUCAGCUAAAUUAUCCCCUAGUUCAUCCCGAGAGCACCGCCAUAGUCACCGACAUGAGCGUCAUCAUGGGGAGGAGAAGGAGUUGGGAGAGGGGAAUGAGGAGUGUGAGGAAGAAUCAGGAGAUAAAGCUCGAAAAGAGAAGAAGAAAAAAAAGAAGUCAAAGAAAGACCGACACGAUCGGAAAGAUCGUGAAAAAAAGAGGAAACGACAUGGUAGAGAGUACAGAGAUCCUGACCGUCCAGAAGAUCAAGACAUGAUGUCCUUCGACAAGAGGUCAAGGUCCCCCCCUGGGCCAUAUGAUAGCCCUGGGUAUGACAGUCCAUCUGGACCAUAUGACAGUCCAGGUCACAACCGUAGUCCAUCAAAGAAACGUAGCUCACCUGGCCAAUAUGACCGCUUGUAUGACAGCCCUCCAGGACUUUACGACAGUCCCUCAUACGAUGAAGACUCCGAAGACGGGAGCCAUAACUUAAUAAGGCCUGUUCCACCACCUGGUUAUGAGGGAGAAUACAUGGAAACUGAUAGUCAGAAUCAAGGUCAUGGUAGGAAGAGGAAAGCAGGGCACAUCAGUAGAACUCCCAGACGAUCGGGUGAAAAUCCGGGCCAGGUGCAACCCAGGAAAAAACCACUGUUGGAAAUACCUCGUCAUGAAAGGCCACAUUGCAAGUUCUACAUGGAAGGAAAAUGUGCUAAGGGAAGUGGUUGCCCAUUCAAUCACGACUUCCGACCACCUAAGAAACCAGAGGUGUGCAAGUUCUAUCUGCAGUCAAACUGUUCCAAGGGGGACUUCUGUAUCUACAUGCAUGAUGAUUAUCCAUGCAAGUAUUUCCACACUGGUGCAGACUGUUACCAGGGUGAUAACUGCAAGUUUUCCCAUGAACCCCUGACGGAUGAAACAAGACCAUUGCUUGAUAAGAUAUUACAUGGCGACGAACCUGAUAAGCCAAGACCUUGUUUACUUGGUUCUCCACCACGCCACCUCUUGGAAGGAGGAGACCCAACAAAGAAGAUCCCAUCUCUGUUUGAUAUUCAGGUGUUUCCUCCAGGACAGAAUCCCAGUCCACGGAAACCCACCCCAGCUUCGCCGUCCAUAAGACCGAGUGGUUUCUAUCAAGACGCAAAUACACCACCACAAGCCCCUGGCCCAGGACCACCUCCUGUUAAUCUCCCACCUCCCCAGCAACAUGCCUCAGUUCCUCCAGUUCUCAACAUGAUUGGUGCAAUAUUGAGGGGUGCACCACCAGAAGUGGUGGUUAGAGCAGGUGCUCCUGGACCGAACCAAGGACCUCCCCCUGGUAUGCAAGGACCCAGAAUACAAGGUCCAGGAAUGGGUCCAGGACCCAGAGGACUAUUUAUGGAUCUUAGGGGUCCUAGGGGCCCUGGAGGGCCUCCUGAUAUGCGAGGCCCUGGACCAAAUUUCCAUGAUAAUGGACCCCCAGGGAGAGGACCAAUGAUGGAUCCUCGUGACCCAAGAGCUCAAGGAGGUCCUCCUUUUGAUCCAAGAGAUCCACGAGCACAAGGUAUGGACCUAAGAGGACCACACAUGGAUCCUAGAGAUCCAAGAUCGCAAGGAAUAGACCCACGAAGACCACCAGGUGUGGAUCCUCGAGGUCCACAUCAUGGAAUGGAUCCAAGGGGUCCACCCCAAGGAAUGGAUCUGAGAGGGCCACCACCAGGGAUGGAUCCAAGAGGUCCACAACCAGGAUUGGACUCUAGGGGUAUGCCCAUUGAUUCUAGAGAUCCGCGGGGGAAUGAUCCAAGAGGUCCAAGAUCUCAAAAUAUGGGUCCUAGUGGUCAGGCAGAUCCAAGAAAUCAGAACAAAGAUCCUAUGGAACAAAGAGAAUUGGGUCAAAGAAACCAGAGACCUCUAUUGCCUGAUCCCAGGGGACCUUUCGAUGCAGAUGGUCCUCCAAAGGACUCUUGGGAGGCUAGAAGUCAGCCUCAAGAGUCAAGAAAUGUGCCAUUCCUAGCAAGAGAUCCUAGAGCCAAAGCUCAGACUACCAGAGACCCUCGCAGUGCUUCAUCUGAACAACAAGACAAUCAAUCAGUAAGUGAUCCAAGAAGUCCACCACAUGAAUCUGAGGUUAAAGUCAAAGAAGAACCUAGAAUGAUAGCUGCAGAUCCACGAAGAAGUAGAGAUCCAAGAGUGUCAAUUGCAGACCCCAAAACAUCUCCAAAACAUGCCAGUGACACAAUAUCUAGUCCUUCAGCUCAUAGAGAUGGAAGAUCAGUUAAACCAGAGGACAUCAAGGAUCCCGAAAGUCCAAUUUCAAGUAAAGAUUCCAGUAAAAUUGCACAUACUAAAACAAAUGAAACUGAAAAAGAAGAAUGUGAACCUCAAGAUCAGGCUCAGAGUAGUGAAGAUACACAAGAAACCUCUGAAGAACAAGGUGCUGGUGAAAAUGAUGGUGACAAGGCCAUUGAGAUGGAAAUUCCAAGUCACUUACCUCCCACCCAACGGAAUUUGUUCAUGCGAAUAAGGCAGCAUCAGCAGGACAAUGCUCUGAGUGAACAAGGGGAGACAACUGAGACAAGCGAUGAUCCAAGUGCAGCUAAAGGUUCCCAGGAUGCUGAAGAUGACGACUGGUACUCCAGUGAUGAGGAUCUAGAAGGGGGACCUAAAUUGAUGGACGUCUUGAAGAAUCUCAGCAAACAGCCUGUGGCUCAACCACACAGUUCACCCCAACCAGGCAGCACGCCCACAGCAUCCACUUUCAACAUCAUGCAGAUGAUUCAGUCCAUCAAGAACCAGGCUCCGCCGAUCCCAGACAAGGCACAGUCAACGCCCCCUGGUGUCAGUGACAGUGUCAAACCAAGAGCUGCUAAGAGACAUGAUUCCACAGAAUGUAUGAAGGGUGCUGCUUCACCCAAAGACAUAAUACGAGAUUACACAAUGUCAGUGAAACCCAACAAGGAUUGUGUUAAUGGUUCCUACCCUGUGAUAGAAGCAGUCCUUACUUCAAUGGCAUAUAGGAUCAAAGACUUUAGUGUGAAUGGUCAGAAACCAUAUCAUUCAAUACCACAAAAUGUUGAUCCAAAUGACCCUACAUACCAGAAUGACCCACGUGUGCAAAAAUACAUUUCUAGAGUAGGAAAAGUAAAACCUCCUUUGUCUUCACCACAGAAUGGUGAAAAAGAUUUAAGUGUGCCGAAGCCUUUGAACAAUGAUCCUAGAAGAGCACGCCAUUUAAGCAUUGAGGAAAAAGCAUCUGCUCCAAAACCACAAGAUCCCAGGUUAAGGCGUGCAGAUCCAAGGGUGCAUACCAGUAGUGAACAGUCAAGUCAACCACCAAGUCUUUCAAGUUUGCAAAAGGCUGUAUCAGAACAGAUUGCAAAGGCUUUGGACCCUCGUGGUAGUGAUCCUCGCUUACAAAGAGUGCAGUCUACUCCCAAUCCCAUGUCUCACAGCCUACCAGUCAGACCAGUCAAAGAUCCUCGUCUAGGCCGCCUGCAGGAACAGAGCGGUCCACAGUCAGGUGGUAGACAGGACCCCAGAAAUAUAUCCCGCCAACACAGUCAUGAUGGAGCUGUGAGACAUAACGAUCCUAGAGCUGCUGGCUCAUUCCAAGGUAAUGAACCUAGGAUAAGACCCGAUGUCAGAAUGCCAUUUGAUCAAAGAAUGGGACCAGGACCAGGACCAAGGCCACCAUUCGGUAAUAGAAUGCCAUUUAUGCCAAGAAUGCCAUUUGGCCCAAGGAUGGGCCCUGAACCUAGACUGCCAUUUGAUCCGAGGAUGGGUCCAGAUCAGAGAAUGCCAUUUGAUCCAAGGAUGAAUGCAGAUCAAAGAGUGCAUAAUGAACAUCCCCAUUUAAGUGAUCCAAGGUCGGGAGGUGAUCCAAGAUCAGGUAUUGGGCCUCCUCAGGGUGAUCCGAGAUCAGGUAUUGGGCCUCCUCAGGGUGAUCCGAGAUCAGGUAUUGGGCCUCCUCAGGGUGAUCCGAGAUCAGGUAUUGGGCCUCCUCAGGGUGAUCCGAGAUCAGGUAUUGGGCCUCCUCAGGGUGAUCCGAGAUCAGGUAUUGGGCCUCCUCAGGGUGACCCAAAUGCCAGUAUUGGGCCUGUGGGAGAUCCAAGGUCAGGUCUUGGAUCAGUAGUUGAUCCAAGAACAGGUGUUGGACCCAAACAUGAUCCAAGAUUGAAUGCAGGUAAUGAUCCACGGUUGUUGGGUGAGACUAGAUUGAGUAGUGAUCCAAGAACUCAAGGACUACAAAGAACUAACUCUGACCCAAGAAGUGCUAAUUCUGAAAGCAGGUUAGAUCCUCGACAGAAUCAAAAGAUGCCUUCAGCAUUAUUAGAACCUCCAAAAUUAACAGACCCUAGAAAUUCUAACAUGGAAACUGCUGAUACUAGUGAAUCAGAAUCUGGCAUGUCUGACUCUCAGUCAGAUCAGUCUGCGAAAAGGUUUGACUAUAGAAAUGAUCCAAGAUUCAAGAGGAAGCCAGCUUCUGAUACCACUGAGAAGGGGAUUCUUGUGAAAAAGUUUACUGGUCAAAGAAAAAGUAGUAUGGAAUACAGUUCUCCAUUAGGAAUGGAGGAUUCCAAGUCAGAUGACAGUUCAGGUUACAAUAGUUAUAAUAGACAAAGUUCUAAUCAAACUAAACCACCCAACAAAGGUGGGAACUGGGCAAGGACUAGUAACAAUUCUCCAGGGGGUACUGCAGCUCCAUCUGGCCCCCAGGCCAGGCAAUCAUCAACACCACCGCCAGACCUCCCCAACCAACCUGGGGGGCCAGAUCUAGUGACACCAGGUGUUGCUGAUUUGAUGAUACCACCCCAUGUCCCCAUGCCCAAUGAGCCCCCUCUCAAAGAUCUGUUCAAGUCUAUAGAUCCUACAGCUUCCCCUUUCUGUUAGCGUCUUGCUGCCCUUCACUUCCUUUCUUUUGGUCAUGUGCAAUCACCACCUGUUCACACUUUAUUUCCAUCAUAAAGCAUUCAUCACAUGACAAAAGCAUCACAAAUCUUUCUGUAGAUUUGAAGUCCACAUUGUGUUCAGUUUAAGGAUCUAUAAGGCCAGUGUUGUCAAUAGGAAGUCUCCACUCCACUGUGUGUUUCGUCUUUGUCAGAGUUUGUAAUUAGAAAUUGUGUGUACAUGAAACAUUGUGAUAAUGUGAACCGCUGAGAGCUCUUUUCUUGUUAAUGAAAUAUUAAUGAAAAUAAGAGAAAGUUAGAUGAGCUUAAGUGUAAAUCCUGAUGUCUUUCAUCACUCAGCCAUUGAUACAAGCUUUCUGUUCUCUCAAUGUAGCCUUUGUCAAGUCAUAAACAGGACAUUGUACUUACAUAGAUAUGGCCAAAUGUCUGGGGGCCGCCACAGUAGCUGUGACAUAUUUAUUUGGAUAUACUUUUUCUUAUAAGAGGAGCAUAGUGCUGCGUUGUGUUGUCUGUGUACCUGAGAUAUGAUAGUUUCGUACAUUCUGAAUAUAUUCCAGUGGUUGUGUGUGUUAUGAAUGAUAGUGUGUAAAUGAAGUCUGUGUGCUGUCUCAACUUGCAUAUGAAUAGGGCUUUGGGUUGAUAUAUAUGUAUCAACCUUCUGUGUAACUAUGCAAGGAGAUACUUGAUAAAUGUUAUUGAAUCAUGUUGAUUCUGAAUUCCUCCUGGAGUUUAAUGGGCAGAUGGUAUGAAUUGGAUAAUUGAUGCAUGAUUCAAGUGAGAAGUAAAUAGUGUGUGUCAGUAUGCAUGUGAUUCCAUGACAAUUUGUAAAUGUGCACCUGUUGCUGUUCUAGAAAGGGCAACAUGUUUCUCAUCCAUUAUUUAUCCCUUGCACUUCUCUGAAAAUGGUUAUUUUGAUGUGCUUGCCCUCAUAUAAAAUUAUUAGUGGAUAAGAUUAAUAAGUCAUGAAAUGUAUUUGAUCUCAAUCCAAGUAAUAUGUUUUAAAAAUGAAUCCUAAAUCCAGAUGUAUCUUACAAUUCUAAAUAGAUUUAUGUCAUUUACAAAGCCCAAGAACACCAGUAGGUGCUUAACAAAUGGUUAUAUAUUUGAUGUUUUCUUUCUUGAGUCAGGUGUCUGAAAGGUUUCUUAGAAGCAUGUUAUCAAGCAUAGUUAAGUUUAUUCUUAAGACAAUAUUCCCUAUGGAACCUAGACCAGAAAUUCAUGUUGCUCAAAGAACUGAAUGGAACCUUCAUAUUUCAAAGUGUUGGAGCUUGACAGAGACUGAUAGUAGUGUAUGGAAGUGAAAUGUUGAGACUGCAGUAGAUGUUUCUGUGAGGAACUGUGUUGUGAAGUCAGUAGAGUACACAGAAAAGGUGCUUAGUGUAUUUAUAUAUUACAUUUGUAAAUACUCAGUUGUUAUGUACAGAUGUGCCAAUGUCACAAUGAACAUUUUAAACUUGUUCAUCUGCAUGUCACAAAAUGCCAGCUUUCAAUGUGUAAGUUUGGCGAAGAAUAAAUUUUAACAAAAUAUA